CAGUCCAACAUUUAUUUCCAGGAGUGAUGAGACUGAGACAAGUGCCAGUCUGUCAUAAACACAAUCACAGAUGAAUGAAUCUGACGCUGCAGUGGUAUCUAGAACCGAAACUUGAUUUUUGUCAGAUGGUUAAAGCAGAGAAAUCCGGUCGAUAACCUACUGAAGACAAGGUUCGGAGAGAGUGAACCGGAUCUACAGGAAACCCGCUUCCAGAGGUCCACGGAUAUAGGCAGCACGAUUUGCACGCGUGAGGGACUGCGAGUUAUGGAUUUCCCGGGAACUGUUCUGCUACUACUGUUGUGAGGUUUUCUUCUGCAUCACCUGUUUUAUAACUGUGUCAUUGAAUAUAUUAUUAGAAAUAUAUCAACUAUAGCCUAUUCUUGAUCAUGUACCAACAUAGUAAGAAGUGUUUUACCAUCGAAUCCCUUGUUGGGAAAGACGUGAACUCUUCGACUAACGGGGACGAACCGAUCAGACCCACAGCGCUGAGGUUCAUGGAAUCAAUUCACCCGGCGCCCUUUGGGAGUUGUUUCCAGAACUCCGGCAGGACUUUAUACGGCAGUCCAGACAUGAUGUUCCCUGACCCGGGCACACACACAGGGAACUCCGGUCUGCCCCUGCAUCCCCUCCAGCUUCCAUCGCAGCAUUUCUUCAACCCGCAUCAGAGAGACACGUUGAAUUUCUACCCGUGGGUUCUUCGAAAUAGAUAUCUCGGUCACAGGUUCCAAGGUGAGGACAGCAGCCCAGAGAACCUGCUCCUUCAUGGGCCUUUCUCCCGCAAGCCAAAGCGCAUCCGGACAGCCUUCUCCCCCUCGCAGCUCCUCAGACUGGAGAGGGCCUUUGAGAAGAACCACUAUGUGGUGGGAGCAGAGCGGAAGCAGCUCGCCAGCGGCCUCUGCCUCACCGAGACACAGGUAAAGGUUUGGUUCCAGAACAGGAGGACGAAGCACAAGAGACAGAAACUGGAGGAAGAGUCACCUGAGUCGCAGCAGAAGAGGAAAGGAAGCCAGCACGUCAGCCGCUGGAGGGUGGCUACGCACCAAGGCAGUAGCCUCGAGGACAUCGAUGUCAUCUCGGAGGACUGACGUACGUCGUUGUCACCUUGAUUGAACCGUCAUAAAUCAUUCAACAUGAACGCACACUGACCGACUGCUGACUGACUUGUGUCUGAAUAUGAGCAGUCUGUGUGCUCCUCUGAACACCUGAUUUGAUUUGACCUUUGAUACCACCUGUUGUUAAAUCAAACAGAUGAACAACUUUAAUGAAAACAAUCAGAAUGACUUCUUCAUGUUGGACAGAAGAACUCUUGUUUGAUCGUUAAAGAGACAAAUCUGACAUUUUGUAGCUGAAGGGGUUUUUGACCCAAGUGUAUCAUGUUAUUACACAGCUGCAGCUGCUGUCAACGUGGUGGACAUCUGCAUUUGGUCUAUGUUGCUUGCCGUAGUAGCACAAACUACUGAAGAGAGACCGUUUGACUUGGAGGAAUUGUUCAGUACAGUUGGUUACUCUAUUGUCUAACUAUCCUUACUCACAUUUAACAAAACAUCAUUAUUGUUUUAACGUUUUCAGUUUGUUGAUGUGUAUUUGUACAAUGCUCAAUCUGCACAAUUUAAAUUUACCUUUAUUUUACUAGGCAAGUCAGUUAAGAACAGAUUCUUAUUUUCAAUGACGGCCUAGGAACAGUUGGUUAACUGCCUGUUCAGGGGCAGAACGACAGAUUUUGUUUGUGGUAAAAAUAAAAUAAGCCAUUGGUAUGAUAGCUAUAGAGGAACCACCUCAGAACCUGCUGAUUCUGUUUAGGAUUUUUUUUCUUUUUUCUUAAUUAUAGUCUUUAGACCAGUCCCACUGAAAAGUAGGUAACCAACACUACAGACAAUAAGUCAUACCGAUGCCACAUUACCCUGAGAUAUGUUUUUCGAUUCUCACAUUGGAAUAGUUUUGGACAAUUUAAAUUGUAAGUAUUUAUGCAAAUCUAAAAAACGGUAUUCUAUGCAUCGUUUGUCCUUGUUUUGUUUCCUCGGGAUUUAAAAAGGCUGUUUGUGUCGAGUUUGUUACUUACUUUAAAUUCAUUCCACGUUUGCUUUUGCCUUUGACAAAAUAUUUGAUAAAUUAUAUUGAGACCAUGUAGAAUGUACAGUGCAGGCACAUUACAACUUGUCCACAAGAAUGACAAGAAAAACAAAUGUUCCUCAAUACUACAUUUAUUUCAGCAACAUUACCAUUCCUGAGAUAUAAUGUUAUGUAGCACUUCGUAGUGGAAUAUACAUUUGCAUUUGUUUUAAAUAGAUUAGGAAUAAUGCACUGUAAGUAGGAAUCUUUCUUUGAACCUAUUUCUCCGGAGAGUGAACGUUUUUUUGUACUUUCUGUGUGUGACCAGAUGACUUUGGAAAAUAAAAACAUCAACCAUA